AUGUUCACUACUUCAGCUCAUAUCGAGGCGCUCCAGAGCCUGUAUACUCGACUCUUUGCAUCGGGUACUAUUCUAUCUAAGCUCAAAGACGCGACCAUAUCCGAGAAAUUGUACUCCGGAGCAACGGAUUCCAUCACUAUUUCUGGGCGCAGUCUUGCAUGGAAGCUUUUCCUAGCGAAGGGGGGUCCCCUCCAGGAUUCUUUGCCGCCUAAGGCUUCUUCUCUUCUGGAGUUGACCCGUCAUUCCAGGAAGAAGUUUUCAGAAUUACUGGAGGAGAGGAUGCAACCACCUGACGUCAGACUCGGUCUGCGAAGCCAUCCUGCCAUUACGAAGCAAAAGUCAACCGAAAGUGAGAGCAGCCUCGAUAUGAACAAUCCUCUAAGCCUUCAUAAUGAGAAUCCCUGGAACGAAUGGUUUUCUGGCUUGGAGUUGCGGAAGGUGAUAGCACAGGACGUUGAACGAACGUUCCCUGAUAUCCCGUUCUUUCGAGAGAGUGAUAUACAGGAUCAACUAACUGAUAUACUCUUUCUCUACUCGGUCCUACAUCCCUCAAUUGGAUACCGACAGGGAAUGCACGAACUGCUAGCACCCCUCUAUUUGGCUGUCAAUUUCGAUUCGAUCACGGACGACGAGGUACAAGAUGAACAAUUCAAAGAUAUGCGGGAAAUUUGCUCUGCGGAUUUUGUUGCUGCAGAUUCAUGGGCAUUGUUUAAUUCUGUCAUGGACGGGGUUUCUCGGUGGUAUGAGUGGCGAGACCCUCUGGAGGGUGACGCCUCGUCACGAAGUUCAUCAUCACCGUUUUUUAAACAAGCCGUUGUAUCCGAAGGUCAACUCGGUAUCUCACCAUACGUAGCGCCCAUUGUACAGGCUUGCAACCGCAUACAAUCGACUCUCCUUCAAACAUGUGACCCUCUCUUGUACCAGAGCAUGCAAAAGGUUGGAAUCGAGCCGCAAAUCUAUGGGAUUCGUUGGCUGAGACUCCUAUUCACCCGCGAAUUCAACAUAGCCGAUGCUCUCAAGCUAUGGGAUUGCCUGUUUGCUUGUGAUGCAUCCCUGGACUUGGCGCAAUGGGUCUGUGUUGCUAUGCUUAUAAGAAUUCGGAAUGAAUUGAUACCUGCGGAUUAUAGUUCUCAGUUGACAACGUUGCUACGGUACCCAUCUCCAUCGGCUUCAAACAGAGUAGAUGGAGCGCCACAUCAUGCCAUUUUACUCCUUCGACAAGCCCUGGCACUCCAAAUGGCUCCAAAUCCUGCGACAGGCGCUACCAUCGUAAUGGAAAACCGGAGUCUCCUGAAUAUCCCAAUAGAUGUUCCCAGAAAACCGUCACCUCCGCCAACAAAACAAAGUCGCAUACCUCGACCACCAUCGACCUCUUCAGUUGGGUUGUCUUCCCAGUCUCAUUCCAAUGGCAAAAAAGGCGGAAACCAUUCCAGACAAGCAUCUUCCCCGGCUCUUGCUUUCUCUGAAAUGCUUACUCGUGGUUUGGUUGAGCGAGGCGAAAGUUUGGGCAUUAACAAGACACUCUAUAAUGCUGUGACGGAAAUUCGGAGAAACAUUCCUGAACUUGCUGCCUCGCUUGGGGUCAGAACACCUACUCAGGUUACUCCUUCAUUUCCAUUGAUUGACGAAAGACCAGUUGAAGAACGUCCUCCAUGGGAGCCGCUCACUCGUUUUGAGAUGGAAAAGAAUAUUUCCGAGCUGCGCUCAAGAGACAAGACUCUAGGAGAGUCAUUGGCCUGGAUCGUCGACGCUCUCCUGCAAGAUGAAAGCGAGAUGGGGAACAUAGAGAAGAUCCAGCGGCAGAAGCGCGAAGCUCUGGAGUCACUAUCGUAUGUAAGGGACGUCCUCAUGACCAACACUCUGGAGCUGGACAAAGACAGACUAAUAGGAGGGGAAGAAAAAUCGAGACGCAAAUUGAAAGCGCAAAAAGAGGCUGAAGAAGUUCAAGCCGCUAGCGCGUUUGCUCUCGUUGUGCCACCAGUGCCUGUCCCUGUUGUCAACUCGCAAUUGAAGCGCGCUUCGGACACAAUUCGCAGUAGACCUCGAUCCCCUGUACCUCCCAGUUUACCUUCGGCAACUCAUGUCUCGAAAAACAGCGCGGAGUUAUCACAACGGGCGCCUUGGAACCGUAGCCGCUCGAGCUUUGGGAGUCCUACGUCUGCAGUGCCGUCGGCAUUGAUGCCUCGACCACCACCGCCAACCUCGACGGGUCUGAGACGAGAAGGAAAGAGGGCGUCCGAUCAAACACCGCCAGCCAAUGGCGGCUAUUUGGAUCCUCUAGGAGCUCUUCACUGA